AUUCUCCGUCUUUAUUUUUAUUCGAGAAUCGAGAGAGACGAAAGAGAAAGGGUUUUAGGGUUUGGCGGUUUUGCGAGCACCUAAUAUUUGAACCAUCAAUUUACGCCGAACCAUCAUCAUCCCUGGUUACCAGCAUUGACAGUUGGGAUUUUGCUGAUAAGCUGUAAGAACCUCAAUUGUGAAGAAAUGUCAGGUGGACCUGGACUUGAGUCUCUUGUUGAUCAGCAAAUCUCGGUUAUAACAAAUGAUGGGCGAAAUAUAGUGGGAGUUCUAAAAGGUUUUGACCAGGCUACCAAUAUCAUUCUGGAUGAAUCUCAUGAAAGGGUUUACUCUACAAAGGAAGGUGUCCAACAACUUGUAUUAGGCUUGUACAUCAUAAGGGGUGACAACAUAAGUAUUGUUGGGGAAGUAGAUGAAGAACUCGACUCCAAUCUAGACAUGUCAAAAUUAAGAGCACAUCCUCUUAAACCAAUAAUUCACUGAUUAUAACAUUAUAGGAAGGUAUGCUAUCUUAAGUUUUAGAGAUUCUAGACCUAAAAAGUGAUGUAAGAAUGAAAUUAGCUGUAAGAUCUGAAGACCCAAAUACUUAUCAUGUAUUUACUAGAAUUCAUUCAGGUUUCAAACCAACACUUAGAUUCUUUGUACAUUUUUCGAAGGUUGUUUUUUCCUUUUUUUUUU